UGACAGCGGCUUCGUUUGGGAAAAAAUAAAUUACAAUUUUGCGCGUCUUUGGCGAAACAAGAUUUUGUUCCGCAUUUUAUGCCGAUUUAAUCGCGCGUGCGAGUGUUUCAGAUGAAAAAAGGAGUUUAAACUUGCUUGCGGCACAAGAUGCAACCGAAAUUAAAUGCGGGCUGGGCGUAUUGAUCGAAUAUAGGAGUUUUACCGCUCGAAUUUUGUUGAUUGAAGGUUAUGUUUGGGGACGCUAAGAAAGAGUGAUUCUGAAUUUUACAAUGGUGCAACAUAAAAACCAAACACUGAUCCGCAUCGUUAGUGUGGAUCACUACAUGAGCAAGCCGGAUCCCCAGUUCGAUACGUGCUAUUCGGAGUUCCGUGGGGCGGAAGUGAAACAAGUGCCGGUCAUCCGUUUGUUUGGCUCAAACGCCGAGGGCACGCAUAGCUGCGUCCACAUCCACGGUGUCUUUCCGUACUUUUACGUGCCCUACGAUGGUUCCGUCGCGGACCGGUUGGCGGUGGACAAGAAAAUCUAUCAACUGGCCGGUGCACUCGACAAAGGUAUCAACGUUAUGCUGGGACGGGCAUCGUCCCAAGCCAAGCACAUAUUCAAGAUAGUGUUGGUGAAAGGAAUUCCCAUUUAUGGCUACCAUCGUAACCCGCACCAUUACUUCAAGAUCUACAUGUACAACCCAUACUUGGUGCGGAAUGCUACCCAGCUGUUGAUGAAUGGAACCAUCCUGUCGGGAUCGUAUCAAGUGCACGAAACUCACAUCCCCUACAUCUUGCAGUUCUUCAUCGAUUACAAUCUGUACGGGAUGAGCUUCUUGGAGCUAGACUCCAAAGGAUUGCGUCAAAGGACUGGCGACGUCGAAGGCGACCGCAAUAUCCCUCCGAAAAUGACCACUUCUGAGUACGAAAUAGAUGCGCUAGCAUCGGAAAUUUUGAACCGAGAGCCCGAUGGCAAGGAAGAUGGAGAGUUUGCGAAUCCAGGCAUCGCAUCCAUCUGGAAGGACGAACAGGCUCGACGGGCACUGUUGGGUUUGGAGCAACCGGAACGCAUGUAUCUAUCGCAGGGCUGUGGACCACCGGUUGAAGUGGUAACCGAAAGCGAUCGCUUCUACCGAGCACGUCUUUUGGCGCAGCUGUUGAAAGAGCCCACGCCCAGCUCGUCUGCUGAAGAUCAGGCCAAAGUGUCGUCGUCUGCGUAUCCCUCUGAAGCAUCGGAGGGAGAAGCGUUGCUGGAUGCGUCCUACAUCGCCAUCCAUGCACGGGCUAGCGGUGUCCAGAGUAACGAAAGCUUGUACGAUUCUCAAAUAAGUUACCAUUUCGAUGCGUCGUCCGUGGUGGACGAAGGGAAAAUCAUUUCCAUGUCGCAGAAUCUGGACGUAACGCUCGAUGAGGAGGAUUAUAAUCUGCUGGAAAUCAUGCGGGAACUCGAAGAGAAUGAGAGCAAAAACAUUGAAGGCGACUGUCUCUUGGCACCGCUGACUCAGCAGAGUGGUGAAAGUAACCGGAGCAUCAUUCAAGCCACUCUGAACCUGUCGCAGGCCAACAAAAUACUUAACGCCUCGAUGUGCGGAGAUCUAGAGACGGUUUGUCUCAUGUCGGGUCAGGCGAACCGGUCAGCCGUUCUGAAUCAGGAUCAGGACGCAAGCUUUGAUUCGGAUGAUGAAUUUCUGCUUGAUUUGACCCAGAAGCAAGCCUUUGCUGGGAACGACACCGCGCCCGAGGCUGAGCCAUAUUUCAGCGACAGCGACGAAGAUCUACUGGCUGGCGGCCGCAUUCCACAGCUAGACGGAGGGGACGAUUCAUUUACUCCCAACACACCUAAGCGUAACAGGGACAGCAAGGAGGGUAAAUCAUUGGCCAACUCUUCAGCGAAGAAGAUGCGCAUCGACUUGACGCAACCCAUUGCUCGGAAAUCGUUGACUCCGCGCAGAGUGCGGUUCGCCCUUUCUCCCAAGGAGAAGGACGAAGAGCGCGCCAAUCGUGUGCUGAAGGAGUUUGAAGAUUCUUCUCCAAACACGCUGAAGAACUUUGAAAUAAGGAUCCCUAAGCUUGGAUUGAUAAAGAAAUCGAUCCUGUUUCACAAUCGCAAAUCUCCCAAGAGCAAUGAUGAAGCCACGGCGCCUUUAAAAAAUCUCCAUGUGCGCGUGCAAAAGUUGGAUCCAACGGCUUACGACGUGCAUAAACCAUCUGUUCCCAAGCCGGAUGAUCGGUAUCAACUAGCGCGAACCUACGAUUUGCUGAACAAUUACGAUCCACUCGAGGGCCCGUCCACACCAAAGUCCGAGCGCUGCCGGCGUAAGAGCACCGACGACAAAGGACAGCCAAAAUCGAAGCAGUUGAAGCUGGACGUCGAGCAGCAGAUAGAAGUAAUUCUGUCGGAAAGGUUCAAAAACAUCGUACGGCUUUCGCCAAAGGUACUGAUUAAACCGUUGCUGCUUAUGGACAAACCCGCAGUCAAUAGUGAACUGUCGCUGUCCGAGUAUUCAUCGCCGCGCAAGACUCCACCGGAAGCAGGCGUUGAGCAAACGGGCGAUUUUUCGGACAAUGUGACAACUUCCGUCUCGAAGAGUCCUGAAUGCUCAUCCUUGGUGAGCACAGUAAACGAUAAAACCACCGAUACAGUGCCUAGUUCGGACGCUAUGGCAACACCACCGGAGGUAUCGAAGGUGUUGGAAAGCAACAGUACAAAUGAACCGACAAAUCAAUGUUCAGCCGAAACGGCGACGAACGAAUGUGUGGCGAUGGUCGAAACCGAUGAAGCGACUAAGGAUAGCGACACUAUGGAUGUGGAGUUUUCGUUGCCGACUAGCAGCGAUGAGGUGUCGGGGGAUAAAGAAAUGGAACGAAUCGAUGACGAUGCUUCUGACAUCCCGGCCAGUUCUCUGCCAGAUGAAGCAAGCCACGAAAAUACCGUGCCAGAUAAGCACAAUGGGGUAACAAUUACGAUUGAUGAUAACUCGGACAUCUCUCUUAACAGCGAAAGUGCCUCAAAGCCGCCGAAAGAAAAGAGUAUCGAGUCGGAGCCCAUUAUUUCAAUUCCGGAUGAUGAGGAGGACGAUUUUCGGAUGAUCACACCCAGUUUGCUCGACGCAAUACCGCUCUCUGACCUUUUCCAAAAGGAUGCAACUGCAGCGAAGGAAACAAUCAAUAUUUCCGACGACGACAGCGACAAACAAUCAACUGCACCGGCUGUAACCAUCGAAAGCCAGCUGGACGGUGUGGUCGAAUUGAUGGAUGAGGUGGAAGAUGCUGUAGGCGAAAAACAAACCCAUGACACGGCGGCAGCAACUAAUGCGGAAGCAGUUGAAGACGAAGAGGAAGAUAAUGCAAAUAUUCAGAGUUUCUGCGAGAAAACAUUGCUGUGCGAGCUUGACGAAAUUAACUCCGAUUCGGACGACAGCUGUGUUGGGGCGUGGAACAAAGAUUCUACCGAAAAGGAAGAGAACGAACAACCCGUCGUAGUGUCGCUGGCAGCAGGGGCACCGACACGUGCCGAGGCACAGCAGGCAAUAGAUAAAUUCGAAAUUCCGGCUGUCAUUAACCCUACCCCGUUCUAUAGCGAUCCAGCCGAUGUGACGGGAAAGAAAGAGGUUGGCCAUACCGUUCUACACGUCGGGGGAAACAGUUUGAACGAUGUGGAAGAAUUCACCAGCACCAUUGCUGGGCUUGGGUCGUUGAAGCAUCUACGCUACGAUAACCUGCAGCGCACGUUUGGGGAAAACAUAAACGAUGUGCUUGGCCCGGUCGGUGCGAAUGGUCCAAGCUCCGAUCGAAUGAAGGAGCUGCUAGCGUCGGAAGGUUCCGUUGCGAUCACUCCAUCGCAGCUUCCGCCCAGCCGUACCGAAGCGAGCGAGUGGAUUGAUAAUAGAUGCCGCAAACGGUCGGUAGAUGCUGCUGCUGCUGCUGCCACCAAGGAAGGGCCCGCCGAUUCAGACAGCCCCAUCAAGGUGAAAACGGUGGACACACUCAUGACAGUGGACGAUGGUGCAACGCCGGCCCGAUUACCAGCGCCAAAGAUUGACAGUGAAUCUUCGCUCAAUCUUAGUGUGUUGGUAGCUAACGAUGGAAAUGCUGCACCAUCGGCCUCAUCCACCGACAAAACGAACGCGACAAUGCAGGAGCGAACAAAGCCAUCCCAAGACUGUGACGUAAUCGAAUCUUCCAUGAUGGAAAGUACCGAGGCAGCACCGAAUGCUGCAACGAACGAGGAACAAGCGGAGAAGAACGCAGAUAUGGCUGCAGAAGAAACUAUCGCACCGGUAUCGAGCAUUGCUUCCUCCAACCAGUCGGACUUGGAACAGAGCAAUGCCAACAUUUCGUCCGCCACACCGAGCGACAACACGUUCGGGUUCAAGGUGGACUACGAAAACUUACAGGACGCCAAAUCCAAGUGUGAGUACAACUAUCUAACAGUCAUGUCGGUUGAGAUUCAUGUCAAUACCCGGGGCGAUUUGCGGCCCAAUCCGGCCACCGAUCCGAUUGCGGCCAUUUUCUACCGCAUCCACAACGAUGUUCCCCCAAACCAUCCGCGGGCAUCGUCCGUGUGUGGAAUCAUACUGAACCGUGACCACGAGGGCCGCGAGUUUGAACGCGUCCAGGGGCAGGAUGGCGGGAAGACGGCGAGCUUCAAGUACAACCAGUGUCCCUACGUGGCCGACGUCGUGCUCGUGUCCGACGAGAGCGAACUGUACGAGAAGUUUCUGCUACUGAUCUCCUUCUGGGAUCCGGACAUAUUUACCGGGUACGAGAUCGAGAGCGUAUCCUGGGGCUACGUGAUCGAGCGGGGCUACGCACUGGAAAUGAAUCUGAUGAAGCGGCUUUCGCGCGUACCGUCCGCCGAGACGGUGCACGUGUCGGAGGAGGAACAGCGCGAACUGCUCGAAAUGCACGACUACAGUGCUGGUCUGAAGAUACCGGGCCGCAUUCUGCUGGACAUUUGGCGGUUGAUGCGGCACGAGAUCGCGCUCACCUCGUACACGUUCGAGAACGUGGUGUACCACAUACUGCACCGGCGCGUUCCGAACCACUCCUACCGCCAGUUGUCUCGCCUGUGGAGCAAACCGUACAGCCGGUGGAUCGUGCUCGAGUACUACCUCGAGCGGGUGAAUGGGAACUUUGAAAUACUGAACCAGCUCGAUCUGAUCGGUCGCACGGCGGAGCUGGCCAAGCUGUUCGGCAUACAGUUCUACGAGGUGCUGUCCCGCGGGUCCCAGUUCCGCGUGGAAAGCAUGAUGAUGCGCAUAGCAAAGCCGAGGAACUUUGUGUCCGUAUCGCCGAGCAUCAAUCAGCGGGCGCACAUGCGCGCUCCCGAGUACUUGCCGCUGAUCCUCGAGCCGAAUUCGCGCUUCUACGCCGAUCCGAUCAUUGUGCUAGACUUCCAGAGUCUCUAUCCCAGCGUCAUCAUUGCGUACAACUACUGUUUCUCCACCUGUCUGGGGCGUAUCGAGCAUCUUGGAAAGGACACGGAAUCGUUUGAGUUUGGCGCUUCGCGACUACGCGUACCGCCGAAAAUGUUGAAAGCCCUGCUCGACAAGAAUCUGGUCACGUUUUCCCCCUGUGGCGUAGCGUUCGUGAAGAAGCGCGUACGGGAAGGUGUGCUGCCGCGUAUGUUAAGCGAAAUCCUAAACACUCGGCUCAUGGUGAAGAAGUCGAUGAAGCUGCACAAGGACAACAGUGUGCUGCAGCGUGUGCUGCAUUCGCGCCAGCUCGGACUGAAGCUGAUAGCGAACGUGACGUACGGGUAUACGGCGGCCAACUUCAGCGGACGGAUGCCGUGCGUCGAGAUCGGCGACAGUGUCGUGGCGAAGGGGCGGGAAACGCUCGAGCGCGCGAUCAAGCUAGUCGAGGGGACGGAACGCUGGGGAGCGAAGGUUGUGUACGGUGAUACGGAUUCACUGUUUGUGCUGUGUCCGGGGCGUAGCAGGGAAGCUGCGUUUAAGAUAGGGGAGGAAAUUGCCGAAGCGGUCACGAACGCCAAUCCACCGCCAGUGAAGCUGAAGCUGGAGAAGGUCUACCAGCCAGCGAUAUUGCAGACUAAGAAACGCUACGUGGGAUACAUGUACGAGUCGGCCGAUCAGGAGAAACCGAUCUACGAAGCGAAAGGCAUCGAAACGGUCCGUCGCGAUGGGUGCCCCGUGGUGGCCAAGAUGCUGGAGAAGGUGUUGCGCAUCCUGUUCGAGACGUGCGACGUGUCGAAGGUGAAGCAGUACACCUGUCGGCAGUUUACGAAAAUACUGGAGGGCCGUGUAAAUCUGCAGGAUUUCAUAUUCGCCAAAGAGUUCCGGGGCGAAAGCGGCUACAAACCGGGCGCCUGUGUUCCAGCGCUAGAACUGAUGAGGAAAUGGAAGCUGACCGAUCCGCGGCGUGAACCGCGACAGGGCCAACGGGUGCCGUACGUGAUAAUCAACGGGCCUCCGCUCGUGCCGCUCAUCCGUCUGGUGCGCAGCCCGGAGGAGCUGCUGUCGAACGAGGGCCUCAAAAUAAACGCCAAUUAUUACAUCUCCAAGGCCAUCAUUCCGCCGCUGAAUCGAUGUCUGCUGCUGAUCGGCGCCGAUGCUCACCAAUGGUACAGUGAGCUGCCAAGAAAGACGCUCAUGUUGCACAACACCGGCGGCGGUGGUGGUGGUGGUGGCAGUGGUGGUGCACCGGUCGUUAAAAUGGGUGCCGCAUUGGCCACGACGGGUGGUGACGAGCGACUGCACAAGAAGAUCACCAUCUCGCAGUACUUCUCCACCACCAACUGCAUCGUGGACUGUGGCAAGCAGACGCAUCAUGGAGUGUGUAAAGAUUGCCGACAGCAGCCCCAGCGCGCCCUGGUGCAUGUGAUGAACAAAGUGAACAAACUGGAGCGGAAACUCGUCCUCACGGAGAAGAUGUGUCGAUCGUGCUGCCAGCGAACGUUUGAAACGGCCUGCAUAUCGCUCGAUUGUCCCGUCGUGUUUUCGCUGAAUCGUCGUGAGUUGGAGCACAAACAGGCGCAGUACUAUCGAGAUCUGAUUGAGGAGCUGUUUUAGGGGGAAUAAGUAAUUUAUUUGCCUUUUUUUGUUGUUAUUUAUGGUCAAUUCCCAUGAUUGAAUACCGCGAUCAGUGUGGUAUUCGAAUCACAGCGCUGCGAUAAUUUACGUAUUCGUCACGAUUUAUUAGCAUUCCAAAACCUGGUACGUCUAAAGCGAUUCGAAGUGUUUAAUAAUUAAAUUCAAUUAGCACUUAAAAAACCACCCCCCCCCCUAUUUUAUUCGAAAUGAGGUAAUGAACGCUACUGCUGAAACAAAACAAAACAUAAACUUUUAUUAUUUUCAGCUAAAUGGCACCACCCAUUUCGAAGUUAAUGUUCCACACAAAAGCAACCCGCGCUGGGGAAGAAGCGUGCUCGAAGUCCAGCGGUGCUGAUAGCAGCUGAUAAAAUACAAACAUUACGCACGUUCGA